AUCAGGCCGGGGUCCCUCCUCCUCCUCCAGCUGCAGGGUGCGGGGAUGGGGUGCGCGGGGCGGGACACACCUCCUAGGCAUCCCCCCGCCCCAGGGGAGGGCGGGGGCGGCGCUGGCCCUUUAAGAGGCAGGGACAUUCCCGGCCCGCCGCGUCACGAGCAGCAGGUAGAGCCUCCCGCGAGCCGGCCCGGGACCCGGCCCGGCCAUGGGGAAGCUGCAGCUGUUCGAGAUCCGCCUGAGCGAGAGCCGCGUCGUCUACAGCCCCGGGGAGCCGCUGGCAGGCACCGUCACCGUGCGCCUCUCCGGGAGCCUGCCGUACCGCGCUAUCAAAGUGAGCUGCAUUGGAUCUUGCGGCGUGUCCAACAAGGUCAAUGACACUGCAUGGACAGUGGAGGAGCAGUACUUUAACAGCACACUCUCACUGGUGGAUAAAGGGGUUCUGACAGCUGGCGAACACACCUUUCCCUUUCAGUUCCUGGUGCCAGCAUCAGCCCCCACGUCAUUUGAAGGCCCUUUUGGGAAGGUGGUCCAUCAGGUCAAAGCUGUGAUCGAUACGCCCCGAUUCGCCAAGGACCACAAGUGCAACAAGGUCUUCUACAUUCUCUGCCCACUCAACCUGAAUGACAUCCCUGACAUUGAGCAACCCAACACCACGUCCAUCACCAAGAAGUUCAACUACAAGCUGGUGAAGAGUGGAAAUAUUGUCUUAACUGCCACCUCGGACCUCAAAGGGUAUAUCGUGGGGCAGGCGAUCCAGCUGCGCACCGACAUCGAGAACAAGUCUGGCCGGGACACUGGCACCGUGGUGGCUAGCCUCCUCCAGAAGGUCGCUUAUAAAUCCAAGCGCUGGAUUUAUGACUUGAGGACCAUUGCUCAGGUGGAGGGCUCGGGGGUGAAGGCCUGGAAGCACGCGGAAUGGAAGGAGCAGAUCCUUGUCCCUGCACUGCCACAGUCCAUGUUGCAAGGCUGCAGCCUCAUACAUAUCGACUACUAUAUCCAGGUUUCCCUGAAGUCGCCAGAGGCUUCAGUCACUCUUCCUAUUUACAUUGGCAACAUCGCUGUUAACAGGGUUCCUCUGACCCCGGCUAGGUCGAUCCAGCACAUUCCAUCCAUUGUGGUCCCGUCUGCCCCACCAGAAGAGGAGGAAGCUGCCAGUGGCUAUCACCCAAUGGACAAUGUUUCAAUCCCCACCAAGAGCCAUUCCCAACUUCAGACGUUCAGCUACGCUCCAGGACUGAGCUUCCAGGACCUAAGGCUGGACUCAGACCAGACUGCCUCCCCAAACCACCCCACACUUUGCUUGGCAACAGGAGCGACGGUCCCGUACUAUGCUGAAGGGACAGUGGUUCCAGUUCCCACCGCCAGCUCUCUCAUCUUGCCUCCGGAGUACAGCACGUGGGGUUACCCCAAUGAGGCACCCCCUUCCUAUGAACAAAGCUGCAGCAGCGCCAACUCCAGCCUCAGCAAUGGCAACUAGCCCUGUGCUUGGAACCUUGACGGUGCUGUCCCUGAGGCACCAUGGCUCCCCAUCUGCUGCCAAGUCCGGUACUGCACAAAGCAUCUCUUAUACUUGGGGCCACUGGCUACUCCUGGGCUGAGAUUUUUAGUCUCUUUUAUUUUAAAGAAAUAGAGCGGUGAGAAGCAGUGUGGGGCGUGGUGUAUGUGGGGUGGGGAAGGGAAUUGUUCAGCCUCUUCACACCUGCUCUCCUGGCGCAGAGCCGUUGCCUGCCCUCAGGACGCCUUGCACAAUGGUCUGUGUUCCCGUACUGUAAUCCAACACUUUAUUUAGCACCUGUGAUGCCUUAUUGAAAAUGCUACUGAAUUGUUGUCUCUCUACUGUCUGCAAUAGCGGGCUUGUGUGGAUUCUUUUGAUAUAUAUUUUUUGUGGUGGGUUUUUUGAGUGCUUUUUCUAAUCAGGACUGGGCUCAGCAGCCUCGGUCAUCCUUCCAUGUGGGCUUUUGGGUGUAGCUGACUUCUUCAAAGCCCUUCCUAUCUGCUCUGAACCCCCACUUUACACUAAAUCAAUGGGGCAAUGUCUGCCACCACAGGAGAUCUCCAGAAGGCACAGCCACAGCACAGAGGGGGUAAAAAGGGCCUAUGGGGCAGGCUCUCCGCAUUGCCAUGCUGCAAAGUGACUGGCCAGCUUCCAACAGGUGCGAGCGAAAACAUUGCCAGUACAUGAUGAGACAAGGGGGCCUCCUGUAGCCAUGACCUUGAUCUAGGCACUCAUCAGGAACCCUAGCAGGGUACAUAUUGGGGAUAGUCCCGGGUGGUGAGGAGGGGAAGGAGAGAAUGAUACACACUUAAUACCUUUCUAUGGCACUUUUUGAAGCCAGUCUUUAGAGGUCUCCUGCAGGAAUAGAAUUGUCUAUAAAAAUCUUAUAGGAUUUUCUGAGCAACACCUGCAGCACCCUAUUGGCUUCAUCCCUUUUAAACUCUUAGGACUUUGGUAUAAAGGGGAUAAACUCUGCCAUGCCAGUCAAAUCAGCUGCCAGAAACCUCCCAGGCACGCGGUCUGCAAAUGGCCAAUAGCUCCCGCUCUUUGUUCCCACUUUCCACUGCUCUCAGCCAGCUGGAAACUGACAAUCAAGCUUCAAACUUCCAUCUAAUACUACCUCUGAAUUCUCCCAAGGGGCUUCAUGGGGAACCCUACCCUUUGAAAUGACCCUAUAGCAGGAAAUGCUCUCCCCGCAACGAGCCUUGCUGUGCAUUGGAUGGGAGUGCCAGAAAGGCCCUUGGACUGUGGCCUACUCCUGCUUCUCACCACAUCAAAGCUAUCUGCAGCUCCACCCACAAGCUUGUGCUGUCCUGGGGAAAAGGCUGAUUUGCCACUAAAAUAAGGUUCCCUGGCUCGCAAGGAAAACUAGCUUUGCAAGCUGCAGUGCAAAACCAAACCAAAUGAGCAUGCUCCAGGGCAGAAGUUAGGGGCAUUUAGGGGCAACAUUUUCCCCUCCCCCCCCCCCCCCCAACAGUGGGCCUCUGACAGGGUGUUUUUUUGUUUUUUGUUUUUUGGUUGUUUUUUUUUUGAGGGUGCCCAUCUUGAUCUCGUACCAGUGUGAUGAUCAAAAUGCUGAUCAGCUGCAUUUGACAUUGCUGGGACCUGCAGCCACUUUUCACCCGUGAGCGCUAAACCCAAGAUAAGGGGUCUCAAGCUGCGCACCCCAUAGCAGAAGCCAGUUCUGAGAGCCGAAGCCUUUCUAUCACCCCUGCUUCCACCUGCCUCUACCUAACUCAGGGCUGGCUACUGGGGGGCAGCUCUCCCUUUUCUGUGCAAAUGUCAUUAAUUGUGUGGAACUGCUUUGGGGGAAGGGAGGAUGGGGGGAAAAUUCCCUAACAGCGCUGGCGCUCUCUGCACCGAUAGUUAUAAAAUGAUUGUCCAGGUCCAUAAAUAUAUGAAAUACACACUUGUUUUUAAUGACUGAAUUCAUAACAAAUAAAAUUUUAAUGCUGUAUUUAAUAAAUUAUUCUGAGAAAAA